AUGCCCAUGCGCCUCCCACAGCUCGACAGCCUGGGAUGCAAGCUGGUGACCGAUGGACUGGGGACCCCGGCAUUCGAAGUGCCUGAUGUCCGUUCAUUUCGGCGGGGGCUAGACAAGGCCCUCGCCCUCAAUGGCACCCUUGCCGCCGCAGUGGCCGAGCAUGUCGAGCGUCUGUGCGAGGACGCCGACGUCCUGACGGCAGCGCUGUCGCCCCUGCUCCUGGCCAGAAAGGACGCGGUGGACAAUGGGGACACCCUGGUGCGCGUCAUGCUGAGCACGCUCAGCCUGCAGCCCCUCCUGGCGCCGCCCCUGCUCCAGCAGCUGCCCCAACUCUGCAACAGCCCCGCCGCACACCAGGACCAGUCCCUCCUGCUCCUGGGCCAGCUCAAGUGGCUUGAGAGGGUGGCAGACGCCCGGCUGCUGGCAGACUGCCUCCUCGAGGUGCUGCCCUCCGUGCAUGCCGAGGCUGGGGCCGCCAUCGCAGGACUCAUCCCCGAGAUCAUCGCCCCCGGCCAGCUUCAGGAGGCCGUGGCGGCCCUCCUGGAACCCAGCUGCCCGGCGCCGCUGGCCUCCGUGCUGGGCGCGCUGGGCAUGCUGGGACUGAACCCCGACCUCCACCGCACCAUAGGCGCGUCCCUCCUCUCGCGCCUGGGGACGGACGCCUCCGAACAGGCGCCCAUCCUCAGCUUCCUGCUGACUUCCGCCGCGGAGGACGCGCUGCCGGACGUGCUGGCGAGGCUGGCCACCUCUGUGCGCCUGGGCGGCCAGGGCCAGGUGGGGGCCGGCGGUCCCGACCGGCGGCGUCGCUCCGCGGGCCGCUGCACCAGCCAGGCGGAGGACUCUCCCGACUGUGAGGUUUCGAGGGCGAUGCUCCAGGCGCUGCAGUGGCGGGCCGAGCUGCCGGUGGCAGUGCGCAAGCGUCUUGGCGCCCUGGAUGCGAUGGCGGGGUUGAGCACCCUGGAUGCUUGGUGGGCGAUCCUCCUGUGCGCGCUGGGCCAGCCUCACCGGAGACUGGCAGAGGGUGUGCUGCUCAAGUUCAUGGCACUGCCAGCGGGUGUGGAGUGGCUGAAGGGGGCGGUCCAGGGGCACAAGGCUGCACUGGCCAGCACCUUCCCGGUGCUCCUGAGCAUCGUGCAAGCCCUGAUGCGGUGCACCAGCCUGUCGUGCACGGCAGGCGUGGACAUGAUGUGCACGCUGUGCUCGGAGUUUGACGAAGAGGACCAGCAGGAGGCCCUGCUGGUCGCGCUGCACGCCCACCUGGGCAGCGGCCAGCGCGCGCAGUGCCACGCCGCGCUUUCCACGCUGCAGCACGUCGCGUCCGAGCGGCCCCGGACCCUGUUGCGCCAGGCGGCCUACGCCCGGGGCCUGGUGCGCCUGGCUCUCGACCUGCCCGGCCCCUUACAGCAACGCCUGGCGGAGGUGCUGGGGUCGCUGCUGGCCUGUGAAGCCCCGGAGUCCGAGGCCUUGCUUGCCAGUUUGACGGGCGCGGUGCAGGGGGGCCUGGCCAGCAUAGACCCCGAGGAGCAGGCGGGCAGCCUGACUUUGGGCCUGGCCGCCGUGCGGCGGCUGGGCGCCCGGGGCGGGCCGGCCCCCGCGCUGGCUGCGGCCCGCCGCCUGCUGCAGCUGCUGGUGGCCGAGUGCCGCGCCCCCCCGGCCUUCAGCGCCCUGUGCCGGGGCCUGGCGGCCGGCGACCCCGGGCUGGGGGGCAUAGACCCCGCCCUGCUGGCCGACGUGGCCGACCUGCUGACGGGGCUCAUGGACGGCACCUACGUCGUGGACGCGCCGGCGCCGGGCGGGGCCCCGCCGCAGGCGAGGCUGGGCGGUGGUCCCGUGACGGCUGCCUGCUGGUGGGACCUGGACGGCGGCGCCUCGGGCAUCGCCGUGGGCAUCCUGCCCCUGCUGUCCCGGGAGCUGGGCUGCGACGCCGGGCGCAGCCACGGCACGCGCACUGCGCGGCUGGUCUGCGCGGCGCCCGCCCUCCGGCUGCUGGCGCGCCUGGAGACCGCGCUGAACGGCAACCUGGCCGCCAUCGACGCGCUGCUGGGCGCGCCCCUGCUCCUCCCCGCCCCCGCCCACUACGCGGCCUCGGCCUUUGCCGCCGGCGCGGCGCCGCAGCGCGAGGGCCUGCUCCGUGGCCUCCUGCACGCCCUGACCUGGCUGCGCGCGCUGGUGGCCGCCUUCGCACCCGCCGCGCCGCCGCCGGAGCGCGAGAAGGUGCUGGCCCGGGCGGAGGCCUGCGUGCGGCUGGAGGCGCUGCUCGGGGGCCUCCUGCCCCUGGCGCCCCCCGGCGUGACCCUGUCGGAUGUGCUGGACGGCCUGGCUCCCCUGGACGUGCCGGGCAUCCUCGUCCUGUCCGCCAGCUGCGACGCGGCCGCGCGCCCGGCGGCGCUGGCCUACCUGCUGAGGGAGGUGCGGCGCGGGCUGUCUUCCGGCGGGGAGGUCAAGUAUGUCCUGGGGUGCGGGGUGACUGGCGGCCUGGAAGGCAGUCUCACAGGGCUCCUGCCGGCCAUCGGCAAGCACAUGCGCGGCGCGCAGGCCAUCCUCGACGCGAGCGAGGAGCCAGCCGUGCUGAUGGAGUGCGUGGAGAUCAUUCUCCAGGUGCUGCGUGGCACUCAGCGCGGAGCCAAGGGAUCACCGUCGCCGGGCGUCGCCGUCACAGGGCUAAGCGACGUGUUGUCUGCCCUCGACCUGGGAGGCACGGGAGACUGCGCUGCAGAGGCCGCAUCCCGCUCCUUCAUACAACUCCUGGAGACGGCCUCGUCGCUCGCAGAAUCUGAGCAAGGCACGGCACCCACGCCCGGUGCUGCAUCGGGCAGACAGGCCCUGGUCUUCCUCUGGCAUGUGCUGGAGAUCCUGCAGAUCCUGGCCGGAGGCGGCCCGGAAGGAGCUGCAGGAUACGAGGUCAUGGCAGGGUCAGACCUGGGGCAGAUCAUCCACGACGGAGCACGGGAGGGGCUGACCCGCGACCUCUGGACAGCGGCCCAGGCCCUGCAGAGUCCAUCCAUCCCAGUGGCAAAGUCCCACCCGCUCCUCCUGCCCGGUCUGCUCAGCAUGUACCUGUCCCAUGCGACCCCCCGCAUGGACGCCAUCCAGGAGAUCGCACGGGAUCUCCUCCCCCAGGUGCCGGGCGUGGUCUCCGGCAAGCUGGCGCACCAGCCGGUGUCCGGUUGGCCCUCCCUCUGCGGCCACACCCUGGUGCACUGGUACCGCGCGGCCCUGGAGCACCUCCAGGCGGAGUGGGACGCGGCAGUCUGCUCGGCACAGGCAGAGGAGAAGAGGGUGAAGACAAGUCCUGGACGUGGAGAUUGGGAGGACACUAUUGCCCACCACCGGCGGUGUGCCACCCUGUUUGCCAGCCUCAUGUCCCUCGUCAGGGUCCAGGAUCGGCGGCCCCAGGCCCUGCAGAGUCCAUGCAUCCCAGUGGCAAAGUCCCACCCGCUCCUCCUGCCCGGUCUGCUCAGCAUGUAUCUGUCCCAUGCGACCCCCCGCAUGGACGCCAUCCAGGAGAUCGCACGGGAUCUCCUCCCCCAGGUGCCAGGCGUGGUCUCCGGCAAGCUGGCGCACCAGCCGGUGUCCGGUUGGCCCUCCCUCUGCGGCCACACCCUGGUGCACUGGUACCGCGCGGCCCUGGAGCACCUCCAGGCGGAGUGGGACGCGGCGGUCUGCUCGGCACAGGCAGAGGAGAAGAGGGUGAAGACAAGUCCUGGACGUGGAGAUUGGGAGGACACUAUUGCCCACCACCGGCGGUGUGCCACCCUGUUUGCCAGCCUCAUGGCCCUCGUCAGGGUCCAGGAUCGGCGGCCCCAGAUCAUGGCUCUGGCUCUGCGAUGGGGUGGCAAGUUUGUCGAGGCCUUCCUCAAGAUGCUUCCCUUUUGGCGGCACCUCCUCCAGAACGGCCAUCAGCCAGAGUUCCACCUCCUGGUCAAGGACAUCCAGAAGGGCACCAGGAUACUGCAGAUCCUGUGCGCCGAGAGCAAGAUCCAGAAGCACCUCCCCGUGCCGGCCAUGAAGCGGACGGUGGAGCGCUUUGUGUUCCGCAUCAAGCUGCUGCUCGCCGAGACGGAUCAGGCCGACGCCUUCUGGCUGGGGGCGCUGAAGCACAAGAACCUGCAGGGCCAGGAAGCGUCCAGCCAGGUGGAUUGCAGGCCUGGCGUGCCGUUGCUGAGUUGGGUUCCAGCGUGGUGA